CUCGACUUCUCUCUGUCAAGGGGGACAGUCCUGUCAGAAUGCUCCUUAUCCUGUCGUGGGAACACUCUCAGUUGAUGUCUUCCAUCUGCCCUUCUUUUCUACCCGAUUAAAAGGACUGUCAAAGUCCGAUCAUGGCCGUGUCGACCCCGGAUCCCCGCCCGGCGGACGACUCGGCCGUCGCGGCUGCUAAAGAAUCCCCUGAACUGAACUUCUUCACCACCAAGCUCGACUGCAUCGUCCACGCCCCUAGUUUGGACGAUCUCUGUGCGAUCUAUAAUCCUGUGAGCACUCUGCUGGAGACAGGCAUUCACCAUGGCCUCUGGUGGCUGGAUGUCACGGCUGCCUCGGAGGAGGACAUCGAGACCCUCGCGCACAGCUUCGGUCUCCACCCCCUCACCGUCGAGGACAUCACCAUGCGCGAGAAGCGCGAGAAGAUCGAGCUCUUCGACUCCUACUACUUCCUCUCCUUGCGACCGCCUAGCUCGAUCAAGACCGAUGAUGGCGUGCGCAUCGUGUCGCACAACCUCUACGCCGUCGUCUUCCCAGAGGGAGUGCUCAGUUUCAACUUCGGGCCCAACGUUCAUGCGCAUCACGUCCGGAACCGCAUCAAGGAACACCGGAGUCACUUGGCCUUGACCAGUGACUGGAUCUGUUACGCUUUGAUUGACGCGAUCGUCGACGGUUUUGCUCCCUUCAUCGCUCGCGUGGAAACCGGUGUCGACCUGAUGGAAGACCACAUCUCUGUGACUCGCCCGGAUGAAAUUGGACUGGCGCUACAACAUAUCUACAAAUGGCGCAAGGAGGUGAUUCAGAUCCGGCAGCUGCUGCAUGACAAGACGGACGUGAUCCGGUGUUUCGCGCGGCACUGUGACGCGCCGGAAGCCACCUCGGCCCAGGUCGCGCUGUAUCUCAGUGACAUCCGCGACCAUGUGCUGACCAUGAUGGCCAACCUGGAGCAGGCCGAGCAGAUGCUGUCGCGCUCGCAGUCGAAGUACCUGUCGCAGCUGCAGUUCGAUUCCGGGCGCAUGCGCAACGAAAUCGCUACGGCACUGAGCCGAUUGACUGUGGUGGCAGCGAUCAUUGUGCCGAUGCAGUUCAUUACGGGGCUUUUUGGCAUGAAUGUCCUGGUCCCUGGUAAGAAUGCUGCUGGGCUGGUGUGGUGGUAUGGGAUCCUUGGGGUGAUUUUGGGCUUGAUCGUGUUGUUUCUGCUUGUGGCGAAGAGAAUGAGAUUGUUUGAUCGAUAAUAUGAUCUGCUUAUGCGCGAUUGUCGCACUUAUACUAUGUACGUAGGUCCGCAUCUACAAGCGUCCUAGUCGUCCUUCAGAAUCGCCUCCACCAAUGCUGCCUGUCGCAUCAACACCUCUUCCCUGAGUCGCCGUCCAACCAAUUGCACAUGACACGGUGCUCCUUCGACCUUCUCUGGUUGAUCUGCAUCCUCACUCAGUCGAUUUCCUUCAAUAAACACAGUAGGUUGACUCACAAGCAGGCCGAUACACCGCAUCCGGUCUCCACCAUUCCCGAUCUGCCUCUGCAUUCGACUUGCCAUACGGCAGCACACAGCUUGGACUCUGCACCGUGGAUCAGCACCUGCCAUUCAAUGCC